GACACAGGACCUUAGCUUAGGCUUAGAGGGACAUCCUAUACAUCGCUUCUCUGCCUUCUGGCUAAGAUUUAACUGUAGUGUCCCAGGGCUACACUCGUUCUGUGCUUCUGGUCGCUCCACUUGCGCUCCAGCAGGAGUUAUGGAAUUGUUCGCGGACUCCAGGCUCUUCAGUUCCCACAAGUCGAUGGAGAAGGAGAUCAGUUUCCCGUUUUCCAGCCACAAUGACCAUGUCCAUGAUAUAAACGACACGAUAAGUGAGCGGACCGUGUCGCCUCCUGAAGCGGAAAGGCCAGCGGCGCUCGGGGAAGCGCAGAGGAAAAGGAAAAGGACCAUUUUCAGCCGCGCGCAGCUGUCGGAGCUGGAGCGAACUUUCGUAGUAACCCCGUACCCCGACAUAACACUGCGGGAAAGGCUGGCUUCACUAACCCACCUCCCAGAGAGCAAAAUACAGGUGUGGUUCCAGAACAGAAGAGCUAGGAGUAUAAAGAAUGGCAAACUUGGCAAAGCCAUAAAGAAGAGUCUGGGAGGAGGGGUGGCAUCUGCAUGCUUUUCCAUGCCUGGUAGCACCUUUCAGGGUCCUGUCUUUACUUCCCCCGCACCGAUGAGGCAGGCAGCACCUGAAGUAGGCUGGGGAAAUGGUCCGCAGCAGUUCUUUCCAGACUGGGUUAGGCAGCGCAAGGGCUCUGCACCCCAGCACCUCUCACAUCCUUCUCAACCUACUUCUGCGGAUGUUCAAGAGGCCUUUGUCUGGGAGGAGAGUUACUGGCCCUAUUCGGAAAAACCUGUUCCCCCUGCUGUAGUUGGUAGGCAGGUCUGCCCUGUCCAGGAGCAAUGGGAUGACUUCAACCAGCUGUGGGCUUCCACCCCAGGAUAUGGAUGCUCCAGGGCUCAACCCCAGUUGGCAACCCAGGGAAGAGUUGGCUCUGUCUCUGUGGACAAAAUGGUACACAUGCAACCACAACAGAUGUACUGGAACAUCCAGCAGGACCACCAAGCAACAGCUGUGCCCCAGACCUCACUGGGGUACAUCUCUGACCUGAUUUACAAUGCUGCCGUUGUGACAAACCUGCUGUAAUUCUGACCCUUUCGUCAACCCCACCGGCGCAAUGUGAAACAGUCCUACCUUGCCUCCAUCUG